CAAUAUUGUUCAUUCAGUUAGAUCUAGUAAAUCCGUUUUUAACCGGUUCGUUGAAAACCAUUCAAAUAAUACAUUUGAAAUUCCAGGUUAAAAGAAUAACACAAUGUUUGUUUUAUAAAUACAAUUAACAGUGACUUUAUUUUCAACUUUUAAAUAUACGUUUUACUUCUGAAUGGAGGGUACUCACAUAGGAUGUGUAUAAGAGUUUCGUCGCACAGCGUUUUCCCUCCAUUUCUAAAUAUAUAAAAAUUUUGUACAAUUAUCGUAGGAACGUUAUCUUCUAACCUCUAGCUUUCUAGAAUUCAUGUACUAGUGACGGAAGUUUCUUCGAUAUACUAUAAAAUUUAAAUAAAUUCAGAAUGUUUGAAGCACACAGCAUUAAUGCUGAGCAUAAGGACUUGAUCCACGAUAUUGCUUACGAUUUUUAUGGCCAACGAAUGGCAACAUGUUCCAGUGAUCAGUAUGUGAAAGUCUGGGACGAAGAUGAACAUGGGAAUUGGCAUUUAACUGCAUCUUGGAAAGCUCACAGCGGUUCUGUGUGGAAAGUUACUUGGGCUCAUCCUGAGUUUGGCCAAGUACUUGCUACAUGUUCCUUUGAUAGAACGGCUGCUGUGUGGGAAGAAAUAGUUGGAGAAGGAUCAGGUCCAGGUGAACGUGGCAUGAAACAUUGGGUUAGACGAACAAAUUUAGUGGAUUCUAGAAAGUCAGUUACAGAUGUGAAAUUUGCACCCAAAACUCUUGGUCUUCUAUUAGGUACUUGCAGUGAGGAUGGAGUAAUUAGAAUAUAUGAAGCUCCUGAUGUUAUGAAUUUAAGUCAGUGGACACUUCAACAUGAUAUUAGCUGUAAGCUUCAAUGUAGUUGUCUCUCUUGGAAUCCAUCUUUGUCAAGGCUACAUCCACCAAUGAUAGCAGUCGGAAGUGAUGAUCCAAAUCCAUCAUCUGGGGGGAAAGUGUUCAUAUACGAAUACUCUGAAAGUAGUAGAAGGUGGGCAAAAACAGAAACAUUAGCAAUUAUUGACCCUGUCUAUGAUAUUGCAUUUGCUCCAAAUUUGGGAAGAAGUUUUCACACGUUAGCUAUUGCCACAAAGGAUGUAAGAAUUAUCACAUUGAAACCUAUAUUGGACACUGUACAAAGUGGCGCGCCACGUUUUGAUAUUACUACAGCAGCACAAUUUUUUGAUCAUGAUUUCACUGUUUGGCGAGUGUGUUGGAAUAUUAUGGGCACUAUUUUAGCAAGUUCAGGAGAUGAUGGUUGUGUUCGGUUAUGGAAAGAUAAUUAUAUUAAUAAUUGGAAGUGUGUUGCGGUUUUAAAAGGUGAUGGCACUUCUGCUCAAAGUGCCGAAACUCCUACAGCAGCAACACCACCAAAUCAUUCAUCAGGAACACAACAAACACCUUCUACAACAAGGUACUACAAAUUGGGUUCCAUCAGUCAUCCAAACCAAGUGCCUUGGCAUUAGAGAGAAUGAAUUAUUUUUUACAAUUAAUGGCUUCAUGCUCUUUGUUAUUUCAUACAACUGUAUACCGUUUGUAUGAAAACUAUUGGAUUUAUAUUUAUAUAAUAAAGAUAGUGAUUAUUCUUAUUUUGUACGAAAUUUAUGUUUCUAUUUCUAAUAGCACUAAGCCGAUUUAUAUCCAUUAUCAGUUUAUAGCAAUGCACACUCCUAUUGAUUUAUAUCUUUCUAUUACAUAAUGUAGGUAUAAAAUGUAUAUUUUACUAGGAACUUUACAAUAUAUUUUUUUAAUAGUUUUGAAGAAACAACAUACAUACGUACCGUUAAUUCAUUUUUGUUUCAAAAAGUAUCUGAUACUUUUGAAAAGGAAUAUUUUUCCGGUAAAAU